AUGGUGCGGUGCAUGGCGGUGGUGCAGAUGCAGACCGGGAGCGUGAUCGGGGGCGGGUCCACGCUCUCCCGCUCAGCGCCGGUGAGUUCGCUGCGCACGAGCACGCACGUGUGGUCGGCCGACGUACAGGGGAACAUCAUCAUCUGGGAUCCGCUCCGCAUGGCCGCCGCACGCGAGGUGGCGGUGGCGCGCGGCGAGGCCAUCUUCUCGCUGUGCCAGGUGGGGCGCUCCGUGUGGAUCGGCACCUCGGGCCAGAUCUUCUCCGUCGACCUCCAGACCUUUGCCAUGUUCAACUGGCGCGGCCACGAGCGACCCAUCAACGACCUCAUCUACCACGACGGCCUCGUGUGGACCGCCUCCAACGACGGCACCAUCAAGGUGUGGGAGGGAGGGAGCACCCCGCAGGACGUGCACCUGGUGAAGGAGUUCAACGUGCUCCCGGGCUCCAUCCUGUUCGCACUGGCCAACGGAAAGCACCUCAUCUGCGGAGGACACACCGACGGAGCCAUCCUCGCGUGGAACCCCCAGAACGCGGGCGAGGUGGCACGGUUCGGAGAGCAAGAGAGCGGAGUGCGCAGCCUCCUAUGGGUGGAGGGAAACACCGCCCACCACCUGGACGACACCGGGGAGCCCUCGCGCAGGCUGGCAUUGUGGGCGGGGUCCCGCGACGGCACCAUCCACGUGUGGCAGCUCGAAGGGAGUGAGUAA